CAAAAUCAGUUCUGUGUGGCCACAGACCUGCCUUUCCAAACUCGUCAUGGUUGCCGUUCCGUGAGCUGCUUGAAGUCCAGAAUGAUUAGAAAUGGUGGUGGUGAACAUCACUGUAGUCAUGGGAACCAAGACUUUCAGCGACUUCAACUUGGAGAGAAAGCAAGUGCAGAAGAUCAUUGCUCACAAGGAUUACAAGCCACCCCACCUUGACAGCGACCUCUGCCUGCUCCUGCUCGCCACACCGGUCCAAUUUAAUAAGGUCAAGAUACCCAUCUGCCUGCCUCAGAAGGAGAGCUCCUGGGACCGGUGCUGGAUGGCAGAGUGGACAUCUACUCACGGCCACGGCUCAACCAGAGGCUUCAACAUGCACAUGACGAAGCUAAGGGUGGUACAGAUUAACUGGAGAGCAUGUGCCAAGAGGGUGGCUCAGCUCUCCAGGAGCAUGCUUUGUGCCUGGAAGGAAGUAGGCACCAACGGCAAUUGCCAGGGAGAUAGCGGGGCACCCAUGGUCUGUGCUAACUGGGAGACUCGGAGGCUCUUUCAAGUGGGUGUCUUCAGCUGGGGCAUAACCUCCGGUUCCAGGGGGAGACCCGGUAUGUUUGUGUCUGUGGCUCAGUUUAUCCCAUGGAUCCUGGAGGAGACACAGAGGGAGGGAAGAGCCCUCACCCUCUCAAAAGCCUCGAGAAGCCCCUUGACUUGCGUUUCACGACACCCCAUAUUGCUAAGUUUGGGGUCUCAAAUACUGCUUGUUGCCGUGUUUUCCAGGGAUAAAUCAAAUUGCUAAGCUCUG